AUGGCAUCUAGAAAGCCGAGGAGGGACUAUCCACAGAGAUUGUAUCCACCCGGAAAAUCUCCUUUGCAAAACCGAAGUAUGCAUCACAAUUGCUCCUUCUCUGGUUUUGGAGAGCUUGAAUCGGUUGUUGGGGAGACAGUUUACAAUGACGUCAUGAAUAAUUCACAAGUGGGAGUGAUUCUUAAGCUUGCUUCAAGGGGCUACGUCUGGUCUGCGAAGACAUGCCACAAUCUUCUAACCAAUCAGUUGGCAGUCCAGCGGAACUAUGAGAUAUGGUCCUUGAUUGGGGGUCGUCCUAUCCGGUUUAGCCUCCAUGAGUUUCAUGAUAUUACACGGCUAAACUGUGAGCCGUUUGAAGAUGAUGAAGACUUGAAUGUUGACCACAAGGAGUUUUGGGAUUUGGUCGGCAUUAAAUCAGGUGAAGGACCUAGCUGGGAAGAGUUGGACACUGCGUUUGCAGUAUGCGGUAGUUGGGAUUAUGAGGAGAAGAGGAAGUUUGCAUUGUUGUUUGUGCUGCAUGUGGGAAUAUUUGGUCUUGCUCGAAAUUCUAGAAUCCCUUUCAAGGCUGCCAGAAGAGUGUUGGUUCCUGAAAAGUUUGAGAGCUAUCCUUGGGGUAGAGUUGCAUUUCAGCAGUUAGUGCAGGCGAUUAAAAUAGCGAAAUUUGACGGCCCUUCCUACACCAUUCCUGGUUUUGUGCAUCCGCUGCUUAUAUGGGCAUACGAGGCUGUCGAGAUUAUCGGAGAAAGAUUUGGGAGGAGACGUGAUGCUCCAAUCCCUCUUCUACAAUGGCAAUCAUCACGUAAGCGAUACAAUCUGGAGGCCCUGAUGGAGGAGGAUAAGAAGAUGAGCGUCGAUAACAAGGCUCGUGUUAGGCACUUCGUGGAGAAGCCUCUUGCUGAGAUAUAUCCGAAAUGGCCGGAUGAAAAACCAGACUGUGACAAGAAGGUUGACAAUAUGAUUCGCGAUAUUCUUGAUGGCUGCUUGGAUGAAUCUUUUUGGGAAUCCGACGAGGGUGCAAAGAACAAGAUGAAGAAAAAGAUGAAGACUAAGACGGUGGAAGAAGAGGACGAUGACUUUAUUGAAAAGCCUCCAUCAAAGUCUUCCAAGAAAAAACCAAGAGCACAAGCUGAAGAGGAGCAUAGACGAAAGAAGGCUUGGGACCAAAGGCGAAAGAAGGCAUCUAAUGUGGCGAGAAGCGAUGACUCAACCGAAACUUCAAUGUCUUUGGAUGAUGACACAACAAUGGAUGAUGCAGCUAGAAAAAUGAAACUACCACCGAGAAAAGAGAAGAAUAUCGAGAAGGAAGAAGAAAAUAGGCACUCUGAGCUUACCGCAAUGCUACAAAUGGUGUUGGAGAAGGUUAAUGAGAUAGAUCAGAGGGUGUCUACAAUGGAGGGGUCAAGACAACGUCGUCAGAAAGACCCGAGGCCAGAUGUGAACUCCAAUGUCGAGGGCGGUGGUCAGCCGAGCGCCGCAGAAGACCGGAGCCCAGAUCCGUCUUGGUUACUACAAGACGAGGCAACCUCCGAGCCAGGUGUUACUUUCAAGCGCACUGUUAAGAACCCGAACGUGAAGGGAACGGUUGCCGAUAAAGUAAAGACAGUGAAGGAGGAACCAGGCGAGCCGAAAAAGAAUAAGGGAGGGAGGAUUCCCCGCAACAUCUCUUUGGCACCUAAUCAAGUAGACCCUUACAUUGGAAGCUCAGCAGUGAAGCGGAUAACAGUUGGUGUAAACCCUUCUCGAUCGGUGUACAAUCCCUUUGAAAAGGUUACAGAAGCAAAAUUGGAUGCUUUGGUGGAGUUCGUUAAGAGAGACUUAGACAAUCCGUUGGAUGAUAGCCUUAAGUUGGUUCAGUUCUACGUUCAACUGAUGACACCUAAACAACUUUGGCCACAUGAUAGAUUCGGGUGGCUGCGUGAUCCGCACAUGGCUGCUGUUAUGGAUAUGUUCAGACAACGGUCCUUAGCCACCCCAACUCCCUAUCGGAGUGAUAGGAUAGCUUUUCUGGACCCCUCGUUCACAAGCAUUUGGUGUUCAGAGUAUAGAAAUGACUUCAACGGGAAGGAGAAGACAUACUUUUUUCGGGAAGGGUUCAAGAAGACCUUUAACGGCGUGGAACCGGAAUUUGCUUGUACCAACAAAAAAUGGUUUGAGGAUGUGGAUACGUUAUACAUCGCCCACAAUAUCAAGGAUGUACAUUGGAUAGCGGUCGAAGUUGAUCUCGUUAUCAAAAGGGUGAAGGCAUAUGAUAGCAUCAACACUCUAUUCAGCAAAGAUACGCUCAAGGAGGAAUGCAAACCGUACACGAGGAUGAUUCCUCUGCUGGUCAAACAGAUGGCACCCGUGGAAAAGAGGAAGAACAUGAGUGAGCGGGCAUACAGCUUUUACAGGGUAACAACUUUCCCACAAAAUCUCCAACAUGGCGACUGUGGAGUUUACGCAUUGAAGUUUAUCGAGUGUCUUACGCUUGGACAUACUACUACUGGCCUAAGCGACUCCAAUAUUGGUGCCUUGCGUGUCAAAUAUGCAGCAGAGAUGUUGGAUGAGCUGCCGCCUGAGGAGGCCUUGCUGUUAUCGUGCCCAUUUCCUCGGGGAACAAUGGAUGGUGAUAGAUUUCCAGUGCAGACUGACUCGUUGUAG